AGUGUCGGUUCUAAGUGAAUUGGCCAAUGAGGUGAUCGUAUCGGAUGGGGAAGGUGAGUUCGAUUCGGUAAGGUUGGUAACAGUGACGACUCCAGCGACCCCCGAUACGGUGCGGGAGCGUGGGGAAACGGAAAAGGACGCUCUAUUUGCGCAGAACAACGGCCAUUUUGAAGCCGAGUGAAGUACAGUGAACAUCGUAACAGAAGAAAACAAAGAACGCGAGGACGUUAAAACAACUGAGGGUGGAAAAGACAAUCGGACGGAAGUCGCAAUCUACAAUAGCAAUAAGCAGGGCCGAGGUUACAACCAGAAGCAGACAGGAGGCGAAUAACCUGCUAAAGCGUUAUUGCAAGAGAGAAGAGAGAUUUACGACGUUCUUGCCGAGAAGAAUGAAGUACAGGAGGGGAAUAAUCUUCGAAUGGGAAGAUUCGGUGGAUGAGCUAAAGGAGGAAGCAACACCCGGAAAAGGAGACUAUGUGCUAGAGAGGAUGAGAAGGAGAAGAAUUAUUGAUGGAAAGGUGACGUAUGAGGCAAUGAGGGCAAUUAUGAUUGUCUUUAAGGGGAGCGUUCUGCCUACAAGGUUACUCAUAGGGCAGGGCCACGUGGGGAUAAAAAUCGAGCCCUUCGUGGAACCAGUGAAGCAAUGUUAUCGCUGUCUGAAGUUUGGGCAUGUGCAGGCGACGUGCAGGGAGCAAGUAAGGAAAUGUGCUGUGUGUGGGGACAAAGAACAUGGACAGUGCAAUAAAGACCCAAAAUGUGUUAAUUGUGGAGGCAGUCAUGGUUCUCUGUCAAGGGGGUGUUGGAUGUGGCAGAGGGAGGCCGCAAUUAGAAAGGUCAUGGCCUUCCGGAAUGUUGAGUUUGACACGGCAAGAGGGAUCGUAGCAAGAUCUUUGGGUGACAGAGAAGUGGAUAGAGUGGGAGGACUAGACGGAGGCGAUGACGGAGGAAGUAGAGAUUACCCGGCGUUAAUACAAAGGGGAAAAAGGGAAAUCUGUGAGGAAAAAGAAAUCCCAAUAGAGAGAGAGUUGGAGAAUGUAAGGAGAGGAAGGGAAGAGUUGAAUGGAAGCAGAGGAGGAAAUCGAGGCAGAGAAAGCUUCAGUGACGUCGUAAGGAGAGGAAGAAGCGGGGAGAGAAAAUCGACUAUCCCUGCAGGGAUGGAAUAAGAAAGGGUAGACGAGGAGGACGAAGAGGAAGAAGGAACGGUGGGCUGGAACCUAGCUCCAAAGGGAAAGAAGGGAGGUAGGCCCGCAUGCUUUAAUAGCAAAACGGACCUAAUCAAAAUAAAUAAUCGAUACGUUUGCCUGGAGUGCAAAGAAAAGACAGAAAGGAAUGGGAAGGUACUGGAAGACAUUCCCUUCCCACACGAAAUGGUGAGAGGAGAGAGAUCUGAGGAAGAUAGAGAAGAAAGGGAACGGGUGUCCUCGGGCGAAGAGGGAAAUAAGGGAGAAGAGAGAAGGGAUGAAGAGAAAAAGAAACAGAAAAACCUGGAGUUGGAGAAAAGACAAAGAAUGGAGGAGGAGGAGAUAAUGAAGGAGUUUAUUAACUUCUUACAUGAAAAAAAUAUGGAGGGAAGAUUUGAGGAAAUACUAAAGGAGAAUAGAGGGAAGAAACACAGGGCAAAAUCCCCCGAAGAAGAGGAGGACUGGAACGCGGUAGUAACCCCCCCGUUUGACAUCUAUAUUGACCCGAAGACAAGAGAAAGAGUAAGAAGGAGAGCCGAAAAAAGAAACAGAGAAGCGGAGAUAAGAAAAGUAAGGGAAGGAAAAUCCAGUGAAUGGAUAUUAUGGACGGAGAGGCAGAGGAGAGAUAAAGAAGAAAUGGAAAGAGUGUUGAAGCUUUGGAAGGAGGAAGCAAAACAGGCAGAAUCGCAGGAAGGAAGGAGGAAGGUGACGGAGAAAGGAAAUGAGUUGGUGCAAAUGGAGAAUGAAAAGAGAAAUGGGAGGAUAGAAAAAGAGCAAACAGAGGGAGUAGAGAAGGAAGAACAAACAAAAGAAAAAUGGUGAA